AUCUCUCUCUCUCAAUCACACACACGCUAACUUGCCUUCUCUCUCUCUCUCUCUCUCUCUCUCUCUCUCUCAAGUGUCUACACACCCACGAGUCUAUCAUAUCCGGUGGGUUACUGCUUCUGUAAUUGAUCAGAUCUGCCACAUACGGGUUCGCUGUGAGGAUGUCAACGACGACGACAACAACGAUGCCGUUUUGGUGUUACCGAUGCACUCGCUUCGUUCGUGUCCAAGACGACGCCGUCUGUCCGUUCUGCGAUAGCGGAUUCAUCGAAGCAGUGGACCCCGCCUCCUCGCCUGACUCUCGUCGCCCAUUCCCCAUUUCAGAUUCCGACCGAACACCAAAUAUAGGGAUUCGCCGUAGCCGCAGACACAACGGUGAAAGAUCUCCAUUCAAUCCGGUCAUAGUCCUCCGUGGCCCACCCGAAACCACCGGCGACGAAGGCGGAGGAAGUAACACAGAAAGAAAUCUCGAAUUGUACUACGAUGACGGUGCCGGUUCGGGCCUUCGACCUUUGCCAUCGACGAUAUCAGAGUUUUUGAUGGUUUCGGGCUUUGAUCGAUUGCUCGACCAAUUAGCGCAGAUAGAAGUGAACGGUUUCGGCCGAUCUGAACAGCCUCCGGCGUCGAAAACAGCGAUAGAAUCAAUGCCAACGAUCGAAAUCGUGGCCAAACAUGUAUAUUCCGAGUCUCACUGUGCAGUCUGUAAAGAAGCGUUUGUUCUAGGAUCCGAGGCUCGUGAAAUGCCCUGUAAGCAUAUUUACCACUCCGACUGUAUUCUACCAUGGCUUUCGAUUCGCAAUUCGUGUCCCGUUUGUCGACAUGAAUUGCCCACUGAGGCCACUAAUGGGUCUGAAUUUGAUACUAAUCGAGAUGGGUCCAGAGAGCAGAGUGAAGAAGAGGCGGUGGGGUUGACGAUAUGGAGAUUACCAGGAGGGGGUUUUGCAGUUGGUAGGUUUUCUGGGCGAAUGAGUGCUGGGGAUAGAGAGUUGCCCGUGGUAUAUACAGAAAUGGAUGGUGGGUUCAACAAUGGAGGUGGUGCUCCGAGGAGGAUCAUGUGGGGGUCGAGGAGGAGUAGAGGAAGACGUGGUGGUGGUGGUGGGUUUGGUAGGGUUUUCGGUAAUCUAUUCUCAGUUUUUAGGAGAUUUAGGUCGUCUUCUUCAUCGCGUUCUGGUAUUUCGGAGUCUCGGUCUUCGAUUACUAGAAGCCGGAGCCAUUCUGGUUCGAUUUUCAGUAGGUAUCUUAGGAGGAGUGGGAGAGCUUGGGUUUUGGAUGAUCAAAAUGGAACGGCUAGAUGGUAAUUUCCGAUAGGAAUAUGAGCAAUGUUAUGAGAUCUAAUUGGGAGGACCUGACCAACUACCGCUAUAAAAAUUACAAUCCCGAAUUACAUCCUCAAAUAGCAUUUUUCGACCAAUACAAGAUGAAGCUCUGAUUUUGGAUGGAAUUUUGUGCUGCUGAUGGCAUUUCCGUUGGCAUAAGAGGAAAUUAUUGCAGAAAGCAGAGAUCUUUUCUUGUAAAUAACAAGCCAUGAAUGAAGAACUGGCUAGAUACUAGAUUUAGUUAUUAAUCAAAAAUGCUUCUUCUUUCACUUGGGAAAAUUCAUUGGGUUUGCUGCAACUUGGUUCUUAAGAGGGGUAAAGAGUUCAGAGCCAGCAUUGGGAACUUGAGAUGAUUGUCAAAAGAAGCAAGCUUUGAUUACUAAAUGUAAUUGCUGUAGCAUGUACUAAUUACUUGUAGUAGGUCCAUAAAUUGUUUAGCAUAUUUUUGUACUUGUAUUCGUUCUAUGGAGCUUGUUUGAUGUGUCUCCUCGUUGCUUUGGUAAUGGAACCUGAGAAAUUCUAUUGAACUUGGUAGAGGCAAUCACUCAGAUAGGGGUAGACAGCGGAAACAGAGCUCCAAUCAUUGGCCUCUGCCACUGUUGUGGUUUACAAUUUUGGUUCCAGCGAACUGUGUAAAAUAGGCAAUAUGAAGGAAUUGCAGAUCUUCUGAUAUAAGGACCAAUCACUUCUCUUUCAAGUGUUUGAUAAUUUUUG